AUGGCCGAAGAAGUGAAGCUAUUUGGCAUGUGGGCAAGCCCUUUCAGCCGCAGAGUUGAGCUAGCCCUGAAACUCAAAGGAAUACCCUAUGAAUAUAUUGAAGAAGACUUAUCCAAUAAGAGUCCUUCGCUUCUCAAGUAUAAUCCCAUCCAUAAGAAAGUCCCUCUUCUUGUGCAUAAGGAAAAACCACUUGCAGAAUCAUUAGUCAUUCUUGAGUACCUUGAUGAGACUUGGACAAACAAUCCUAUUUUGCCUCAGGAUCCCUAUGAGAGAGCCAUGGCUCGUUUCUGGGCUAAAUUCAUAGACGAGAAGCUCUUACCAACAGCAGCGAAGGUUUCUCAUAGCACAGGAAAGGAACAAGAGCAGGGUGUUGAAGAAGUGCAUCAGCAGCUGAAAAUUCUGGAGAAUGAGCUCAAGGGGAAGGAAUUUUUUGCAGGUCAGAGUAUUGGAUACCUGGACAUUGUUGCACAUGUUUUAUUCUGGUUUUAUAGUGCAGGAGAGGCUUCAGGAGUACAAGCACUAACGACAGAGAAAUUUCCAAUUAUAUCUGAAUGGAUUGAAAAGCUCAUAAAAAUCGAAGCUGUCAAUGAAUGCCGGAUCCCAAAGGAGAAACAUCAUGAUUUGAUUAGACUCCGCAGAGAAUCCUUAAAAUCUGCUUCCAAAUAA